CCGAAGUGCAAACGCGCGGGGGGUCUGCGCUUGUCUCUCGCGGAGGGGAAGCAGCCCGUGCGGGAACCGGAUUGUGAAUCCGAGAGCUUUGCAGCCGCCUUCACCGUCUUUCCCACCAGUGGCUGAAGCCAGAAAGGCACAGCAAGAACGAGAUCCUGGACCUGGUGGUCUUGGAGCAGCUCCUGGCCGUCCUGCCCCCGGAGAUGGAGAGCUGGGUCAGGGAAUGCGGGCCGGAGACCAGUUCCCAGGGGGUGGCCCUGGCAGAAGGCUUCCUCCUGAGCCAAGCAGAGAGUGAGAAUCACGACCAGCAGGGGCUGUCAGAAGAGGCUGCUGGUUUCUACGAGGCAGAAAAGGGGCCGUCUGAUCCGAGGCAGAGGCCGCUCUUCUGGGGGGCCACACAGGAGAGCGAUGGAGGUGAUGGAAGGACACGGCUGGGAGGAUCUGGAGCUUUGAGACCUGGUGGCGGACGUCAGGCGGCCCCUGAGCAUCCAGAUCGGGGUCCGGUGACUCUAGAGGAGGUGUCUGUCCGUUUCACGGAGGAGGAGUGGGCUCUGCUGGAUCCGGACCAAAGGACAUUGUACAGGGAAGUCAUGGAGGAGAAUCGCAGGAACGUGGCUUCUCUCGAUGGUGUAUGGGAGGUGGCAACUGAAUAUCCAGUGAUGGGGAGAGAACACACGUAUUCAGAUGUGGAAGAGAACAUUGAAUAUUGUGAUGCACUGAGCGUGGUAGAAGAAACAAACCCACUUAAUGAGAGGGAAAACUGUGACGUUUUCCAAGAUGACAAUUCUCAAGAAAUCCCACCCCUUCAAAAAAUAUCCAAAGGAGACAAUAGGGAUGAAUGCCCAGGGGGUGCAGAAGGAUUUUCUGAAACAUCAGAUAUGACUAUGCAUUGGAACACCCAUAAUACAAGGGGAACAUUUAAAUGUCUGGAGUGUGGAAAAACUUUUGGACAGAAACAUGCUCUAACUUCCCAUCACAGAAUUCACACGGGGGAGAAACCAUAUAAAUGCAUGGAGUGUGGGAAAAGCUUCAGACAGAGAGGACACCUUACCCUCCACCGAAGAAUUCAUACAGGGGAGAAACCAUAUGCGUGCCUUGAGUGUGGAAAAAGCUUCAGUCGCAAUGAAAGCCUUACUGUCCACCGAAGAACUCACACGGGGGAGAAACCAUACAAAUGCCUGGUGUGUAGAAAAAGAUUUAGUCGGAGUGGACAUCUUACUGCCCACCAAACAAUUCACACAGGGGAGAAACCAUAUAAAUGCCUGGAGUGUGGGAAAAGCUUCAGAUUGAGAGAACAGCUUAUUGCCCAUCAAACAAUUCACACAGGGGAGAAGCCAUACAAAUGCCUGGAGUGUAGAAAAAGCUUUAGUCACAGUAGUCAGAUUAUUGCCCACCAAACAAUUCACACAGGGGAGAAACCAUAUAAAUGCCUGGAGUGUGGAAAAAGUUUCCGUCUGAGUGGAUACCUCACUUCCCACCAAAGAAUUCACACAAAGGAGAAGCCCUAUAAAUGCCUGGAGUGUGGAAAAAGCUUUGUUGAGAUGGGAAGCCUUAGUGCCCACCGAAGAACUCAUAAAGGGGAGAAACCAUACGAAUGCCUGGAGUGUGGAAAAAGCUUCAGACGGAGUGGACAGCUUGCUGCUCACCAAAGAAUUCACACAGGGGAGAAACCAUAUACAUGCCUAAAGUGUGGCAAAAGCUUCCAUGACAGUGUAAUCCUUACUGCCCACCGACGAAUUCACACAGGGGAGAAACCAUAUAAAUGCCUGGAUUGUGGAAAAAGUUUCAGAUGGAGUGGACAUCUUAUUGACCAUCAAAGAAUUCACACAGGGGAGAAACCAUAUAAAUGCCUGGAGUGUGGAAAAAGCUUCCGUCUGAGUGGACACCUUACUUCCCACCAAAGAAUUCACACAAGGGAGAAACCAUAUAAAUGCCAGGAGUGUGGGAGAAGCUUCAGCUUGAAAGGAAACCUCAAUACCCAUCAAAAAAUUCAUGCAAGGGAGAAAAAUAUAAAUGUCUGUAGUGGGAGAAAAGCUUUGGCAGGAGGGAUAGACUGAAUUCCUAUCAAAGAAUUCACUCGCAGGAGACAGCCUGAAGUGUUCCAAUAUCUUCAUUCAAUGUAGAAAGCUUCCUUCCCAUUAAAAUAACUCAUCCCAGUACAAAAACCUAGAAAUUUCUGUAGUGUGGAAACACAUUGCAUCAAAGCAAAUUGUAUCAGAAAAUUAGAAGUGAAUUCAAUAAUAUAAUAGGUGUACAAUAUGUUAAUUCAGAAAAACUGAUUACAUGCUUUGAAGAUUAAAACUACAUCCCUUUUCUUCUCAAGAGGGUAGUUUUAUAAAGAGAAUACCACUGUUUCCAUUUUAUAAAUUGUGUUUUUGUAUGGAAUUAAUACUAUUGUGGGAGCUCUUCCACACACAGCCUAUUCCACUCAGCAAAGGCCUCAAGAGAGAAUGCUUCUGUACAGGUAGCCAUUCCUCUUCCAUGUUAACAUUGCUCAGGUGAGCGGAGCUGUUGCAGCUUAUCAUGUUGAAUGAGGAGGCCCUGUGGCUAUGUGGAAUCGAGACCCUGACAUAUUUUGAGGUAACAAACAGAACCUGGAAUGAAACCUGAAAACUAUACAGUAUGUAUAAUAUCCAGAGGAGUUAGCCGUUUUAGUCUGUAGUAGCAAAAUCAAAAAGAGUCCAGUCGCACUUUUAAGACAUCUGAUGAAGAGAACUGUGAUUCUCGAAAGCUUAUGCUACAAUAAAAUUGGUUAGUCUUAAAGGUGCUACUGGACUCUUUUUGAUUAUGUAUAUGUAUGCUUUGCCUAAAUUUUAAUUGUGAUCCCAUUCUGACGUUCUGCAGCUGCUGACAUUUCUAUCUUCCAGGGCAGAUCUAUGAAGAGCAUGUUAUAGUAGUCUGGCCAGUUGAUUACUCAGGCUGGAUCCACAUGGCUGGAUUGGCAGGUCAAGGUAAAGAGCCAUUCUGCAUGUACAGAAGCAGAGAGAUAUAUAAGCUGAGUUUGCUGUUAUUAUUUUUUCUCUGAGGCUGGAAAAACUCUAAUGGAAGUAGUUACUUCCAGCUUCGAGAGCACCAAUUCAGCUGAUCAAAGAUACUUGCCAUGUUUUAGCAGUUUGGAAAGAGAGUUUUCUUAGUGUGGAGAAGCCUCUUCACAAUUUGGAAGAAGUACAGAGAUUACCUACAGGAAGGAAUUCCCUCCUGGGUGGUUCCUUACGAAGUAAUAGAUCCGAGAACUGUCGAUAAUGAACAACAGUUCUUAACGUACAAGGAGAUAACACGAAUAGAAUUUUCUAAACUAAGAAUAAAGACGCAAGAUGAGCUGUCUCCAAGUUACGGUUGGUUUCAAUACAGACAGAUUAGAGAUCUUUAUAACUCGGACUGUGCGAAGGGAGGGAUAAGAACGGAGAAUUCGGAAUUAGAGGAGGUAAUUCUACAAGAGGACAAAAAGGAAAUCUCUAAGGCUUAUAAAGUGUUGUUAAAAUGGUACACUGAAGAUGAGACAGUUAAAGUGCAAAUGGUGAAGUGGGCUAUAAAGUUUAAUAAAGAAAUAACAAUGGAGGCGUGGGAAUACUUGUGGAAAAAUACGUUGAAGAUCACGACAUGCACCAAUAUUAAAGAGAAUGUCUACAAAAUGAUUUACCGUUGGUAUUUGACACCAAAGAAAAUUGCGCUAGGGAAUUUGAAUACGUCUAAUAAAUGCUGGAAAUGUAAAAAGCAUGAAGGAUCUUUGUAUCACAUGUGGUGGACUUGUGAGGUAGCUAGGCAGUACUGGGGGAAAUAAUAAGAGUAAUAAGUGAGAUUUUAUAAUUUCAAGUUAAUAAGAACCCAGAACUCCUGCUACUGAACUUGGAAAUGGAGGACAUUCCAGCACAAUACAGGACAUUGCUAUUUUAUAUGACAGCAGCGGCCAGACUUUUGUAUGCGCAAAAGUGGAAAGUACAAGAAGUGCCAACUAUUGAGGACUGGAUUUAUAAAUUGCUGUACAUGGUGGAAAUGGACAAAAUGACAAGGAAACUGAGAGAUCUUGAUCCAGGACAGUUUAACACGGAUUGGGAGAAGCUGAAACAAUAUUUGGUGAAAAAAUGGGAGGUGGGAGGAGAACUGUGGCAGUUUGAAAAUUAUUGAAAUACAAUAAAAGAAGAGGGAAGUGACUUUACCGGGGGGUGGAGAGUUACAUGAGAAUUUCUAAGCAACUAUUCUAUUUGACUAUUAUAUAUAGUAUUAAGUAAUAGAGGUGUUAUUAUAAGAAUUAUAAGGAUAGAAACUAACUAAUUUCAUUUCUGGCAGAUAAUUGUAUAAUGGAGAAAUUAUAUAAUCAAAAUGAAUGAACAUAAGUAAGGUGAAAAAAAAUAUAUAGUAACAUACAGAAUAUAAGUUACAUUGAUUGACUUAUGCUGAAUGUAUAUAUGGGUUAAAUUGAUUGACUAUUUUUGGUAGACAGUUGUAUAAUGGAGAAACUAGAUAAUUAAAAUAGUAUGAAGAUAAGAUAUGUAGAAGGAAGUAAAGAGUAACAUACAGAGUAUAAGUUAAAUUGAUUGAUUUAUAUUGAAUGUAUACAUUGUUUAUAGAAGUACCCAAAGUUAUGUAGAAUGAGGGACAAAUUGUUUGUCCCAUAUUGAAGACGAGAUUAUAACGAGUAAGAUAGAGUACAGAGUACCAAAAUUAGCCAAAUGAUUAUUACUAUUAAAGAAUAUAUGCCAGGAAUGUAUUAUCUAGUUGACAAGUUAAGUGGGAAGGGAAACAGAGAUAGCACUGUGUUAUAAUAGAUAAGCUUAGAAGAGAGUGAAAGUAUAUGUUUAAUAGAUAAAGUAAGUUUGAAAUGAGUAAGAAAAAAGACAGACAAGGGGUUGGAAAACUGU